GGGCGUGGCGGCCCCGGCGCGACGCCUCGAGUGGCGGUUGUUUCAAGAUGGCGGGUGCGGCGUGCCCCUCCCUGCCGGGCUCGGCGUUCUGGAGCCGCGACUUUUCUGAUGAAGAACAAUCAGUAGUUUAUGUACCAGGAAUAUCUACAGAAGGAAAUACAAGAUCAAGACUCAAGUUGAUAAAUCCAAAAGUUGAUGUUAAAGUUAAGGCUUCCAGGGUGACUGAUGCUUCCAUGGAGUCUUUAAAAGGUGCGGGAGAUUCGAUAGCUGAACAGAAUUUCUGCAAGGAAGGAAUGAAGAGUGCAUCACUGAAAGAUUUAUGCCUUGAAGACAAAAGACGCAUUGCCAACUUAAUUAAAGAACUGGCCAGAGUAAGUGAAGAAAAGGAAGUGACAGAGGAACGACUGAAAACCGAGCAGGAAUCCUUUGAGAAGAAGAUCCGGCAGUUGGAAGAACAGAAUGAACUGAUCAUCAAAGAAAGGGAAGCUCUUCAGCUACAGUAUAGAGAAUGCCAAGAACUUCUAAGUCUCUACCAGAAGUACCUAUCAGAGCAGCAAGAGAAGCUCACCAUGUCGCUCUCAGAACUUGGUGCUGCUAGAGCACAGGAGCAGCAGAUAACCAACAGGAAAAGUACUCACCAAUCUGCAUUGAUGGACCUGGAUGGUUCCUACCUGAGUGUAGCCAAACCACAAACCUACUGUCAGACCAAGGCAAGGCCUAAGUCAGCAAACCAGGACUCAGUUUCAGAAUCCCAUACGGCAUUGAGAAAUAAUUCUUUUAAACCAAUAACACUUCAUCAUCACAAAGAGGGUUUAGAGAGGGUGUCAUCAGAAACCAGAACAGGUACUUCUGAAUCUCUAGGGAGGAAACCAGUAGAUGCAGCCCCAAUAGAGAAAGUCCUAUCUUCAGAAGAGUUGAAGAUAAAGGAAUAUCCACACCUUUCACAUACUCCAUUAAGUCAGUACUGUGGUCAUAAAUGCUCUGAAAGUGAAGACUAUGUUCGUGAGAACUAUCAGCCUGCAAGCAUGGCCCCUCAGUAUUGUAAGACACAUAUGGAAUCAUGUCAUUGUGGGUUUUCCUGGGCAUCUCUCAUGCAUGGUAGAGUGACAUUGCAACCCAGUGAAACUGAUGUAAAAAAGCAACACUCAGAAGAUCGAAGGCAACAGUUGAUGCUUCAGAAAAUGGAACUAGAAAUUGAAAAGGAACGCCUUCAGCAUCUUCUGGCUCAACAAGAGACAAAGCUUCUCCUCAAACAGCAACAGCUGCACCAGUCCCGACUAGAUUACAACUGGUUAAGGACUCAAGCUCUAUUUAAGUCCCGAGAACUGGUUGCUGAUAAAGAGUUUCCUAAGCCCCAAGAACUCAAUCUUGAUGUGAAUGGUAGUGACUCUGGACCAAGUUUGUUAAAGUCGAAAUGUGAUGGAUGGCUGCCUGGAACCUCAUCAUCCUUUAAAGUGUGCUCAGACUCUCCAAACAGUGGACAAAACCGGAGGGAGAAGAAGACAGUGGAGUUUCAGUCACAUGUGGAGGAUGACGUCCAGUGGAUAUGCCAACAGAAAGACACUUGCAGCCCCCAGAGAGAGACAGUGACAGCAGUUAGAAAAGAUGCAUCCACAUCUCCUAUGGCAACAAGAAGCCCUAAGGACCCCAUGACCCCAGCCUCAUCAUCAUCCCAGCACACCACCUCACGGUAUGAGGCAUCUCUGCUGGAUUUGGUUCAGUCUCUGAGCCCAAAUUCUGCUCCCAAAUCUCAGCUCCAUCCCUCAAGAGCAGCAGGAGUGUGGAGUGCUUUCCGACCUAGCCCUCAGAAAUCGAUCUGGAAGAAAGUGGGGAUGCGCAGGAGCCCUGAAGACCUGGAGGAGAGUCAGAUUCUGGAAGACAUAUUUUUCAUAUGACUACAGAAUUUCCAUAGGAAAUAUUUGGGUUCCUUUACAUGCUGAUGUAGGAUGUUAAAUUACUUAAUUGCAAAGCAGCCAAGUCUCUCCUUUCACAGGGAUCCUCUUAAGUAUCGAAUACAAAAAUCAUCCUAACAAAUCAGGGUGGUUUUUAUCCAACUAAUCAAAAAACAGGCUGCAGGAGGUGGACUUAGGGAUAGAAUCUUUUCUAUGCCAAACAGAGAUUAGAAAUUUAGGAUAUUUUCUGCAUAUCAGGCACCAUGGAUAUCUAGUAUCAUUUUAAGAGGGUUUUCAAUUUACUACUUCAAAAUGUUGACUCUUUCCUUACAUUAGAAAAGUAUCCACUUCAGAAGGGUUCUUCCUUCACCCUUUCUCUCCUCACUGAGAGUGGCUGUUCAUUGUGAAAUUGGAGUUAGUCACCCUAGUAUCACCACUACUUGGGACCCAGUAUAUGUGAGUCAUAGUGGUCAUCAACAUGGCCAUUGCUGCCCCUUACACUAAAAAGUUCAAUGAUUAGAGGAAAGUUUCCAACCAGACUGUGGUAUUAAACUUCAUGUGGGAAUGGCUGCCUGGAGAAAUCUACCUGUGUUCAGACAACCACCCCUCCAGUUUCUUGUUGACUCCAAUUCUGUGUAUUCUUGUGUACUUCCUCCAUAGGUGUGUCUGAGGAAGAUGGCACUACCGAAGAGUGGUACCCAGUGGCUAUAGUUGGCAGUUUUCCUCUGCUCCUGCUUCACUCCAUAAGGAUGACUGCCCCAGGGUGCACCAAGUCUAGGAAAGCUCAGCUGAGCAUCCUUAUUUGCCUAGAUCUAAAUCUUUCCUCUCCAGUCUGAGCUCAGUCCUGUUGAUUCUACCCAGUUUCCCUUCCCUUCAAGACUCUCAAUUCCAUACUCUUCAUCUGAGGCAAAUACAAGGGCAAGACUGAUUACUGUCGUCAUUCGUUCUAGAAGUUGACGGUUCAUUGCAGAUUCAAAUUUUCAAAACCACCCUGAGAGUAACUAAAAUAAACUUGUUCUAUUUCAAAACACCUUUAGGAUACGCCUUUGGAGUGGCAGAAAUGGCAGUUAGGUUUCCAGAACCAUCUUCUCUCUUUCCUGUGUGUCUCAGACAGCUGACCUAUUCCCUUAGACUUGCUAUAACCAUAGUCACUUGUUCUGGGCAUCGGUGUUACUCCAAAGUACGUGUCUCCAGAAGGAUGAGAAAUGGAAUAUGAUCUCUUUAAGAAGCUUGUUUGCCUAAAAGUUAAAGGUUUGGGGGGGGGGGGUUGCCAUACCAGUGAAUGGAAUUUAAUUGCUUCUGUGCCUUAACAACAUGGGAAGUUUGUAAAAGGAAAAAAAAUCAAAUAACAGUUUCUAUACUUCACACUCCCUGCCAGUUUUUUUUUUACAUUGAUACAAGGGUGGUAGGAAGGGAAUAUGUAUAUAACUUAGUGUCUUUGUUAUUAACUGAAUGAUAUAUGUUAACAUUUUAAUCUCUAUUAAAUUUACUUCGAGAUGUA